CCGCUCCCUCCCGCCGGCUUUGCGACCGUGCCGUAACGCAGCCUCUCGCGCCGGCGCGACGCUGCCGUGCGCCGCGGCAGCCGGGGGACGCGGGCGAUGGCCGCCUUGCGGCCCUGUAGGAGAGCUCUGGUCUCUCCGCUCUGGCGCGCCUUCUCUGGACCAGGCUGUCAGCUCGCUCCCGAGCGAGCUGGGGAGCGCAGGGAUACGGCGCCGAGCCGGGUUUCAGGGUUCUGCCCUCCAAGAAAAUCUUGCCAUGAUUGGAUAGGACCCCCAGACAAACAUUCAAACCUUCGACCUGUUCAUUUUUACGUCCCCGAAAAUGAAUCACCAUUGGAACAAAAGCUACGAAAAUUAAGACAAGAAACACAAGAAUGGAACCAACAGUUUUGGGCAAACCAGAAUUUGACAUUUUGUCGGGAAAAAGAAGAAUUUAUUCGCUCAAGACUAAAAGCUAAAGGCCUGGAACUGAGAACCGGAUCAGGUCAGAAAGCAACAUUAGAUGCAGAAGAAAUGGCUGACUUUUACAAGGAAUUUUUAAGCAAAAAUUUUCAGAAACACAUGUGUUAUAACAGGUCGGCAGCCGAUGCAGAAGGAGCGGUGGAGUCGGAGAAUUAACAUUUUCCCAGGGAAAUAAUAGGUGUGGGCAGCGGUGACCCACAGCUGCUGAAACCAGCGGGCAGGAAGGCGGGCGGGGCUUUGCAGGGCGCGGGAUGGGGUGAUGGCCCCUCACCCCGUGUCUUCUCUUGCUGUGCACACUGGGCCAGCUGCCUCUGCACGAUGCAGGACGAAGUAUCGGGCAGCACCUGUGAGGCAUUCUUACCAGAACACGGAGCCGAAUCUAGGCAGACCUCCGUACUUAGUACCAACCAGAUCACAGGAGAUAUGUAUAAGGGUGUAUGAGUCGGGGGUGAGAGGGGUUCAUAGAAGACCUCGUUUAAAAUGAUAGCCUGGCGGGGGACUCAGUCAGUUAAACAUCUGACCCUUGAUUUCAGCUCAGUUCAUGAUACCACCGUUGGUGAGUUCGAGCCCCGCAUCUGGCUCCUUGCCGACAGCACAGAGCCUGCUUGGGAUCCUCUCUCUCCCUCUUUCUGUGCCCCACCCCCCACACUC